AUGGUGCACCCUGUAAGCAGUGCUGUAGGUGAUGCGGAUAGAAUUGUUGAAGCUGUGAACGCUUGGGCCGAAGCUUUCCAAUCUGGCAGUGCGAGUGCAGACGCAGCUGAGCUGGGCAGGACAGUGGAAGAUCUUCUUGAGCAGGAUACAUCAUAUGCAGAGCAGAAUGCCAAGCGUCUUCGGUUAGUUUGCGACACCUUGGGCACUGGAGACUUCGAAAACAAAGUCAAAAUUGUAGAUUUCCUGCUAGGGCCCCUGGAUGCCAUUAUCAACAAGAUGCUUCGCAGGACCACAGUUCUGAAGCAACUCAGGUUCAACGAAACAAGAAAUGGUGAGACGCUGCAGGAGCUGAAAGACUACUCCCGUCUUGUGUUUCUAUCUUGGACUUCAGGGACAUUGGGCCGCGAGACAAUACGUUCUUUCCUGUCCAAUCUGCAGUCACUUGACCUGGCCACAUUUUGCCAUGAUUCCGAUGAUGUGUCGAUGAGCUGGACCUGUUUCGAACUGACACUUUUCGCCAUGUCAGACGUUUGGCGGCGAUGUUGCCAUGCAGUCUCAAGUUUUCCAUGGAUCUUAUUUGACUUGAGCAGCUGCAGCGAGUCAGACUUUUGCACGAAGUGGACAGCCUUUCGUGCAACCAUGCAGAGAUGCCCCGAAUGCGUGGAUGCAGGCUUCAGUGCUCCCCUUUUGCGUGCGCUUGAUGUCGCAGCAUUAGACGGCAGAGACAGGCAAGAGCGUGUGAAAGACGUUCAGCAGCUGCUGCUGGACAUAGCAACCUUCACCCCUUUGGCGACCGACACUGUGGAGAACUUGCAUGGUCAAAACCAGAGCCGCUUGUUUGUUUGGCGGGGGCGGGCACGGGGAAGCCCAGCUGCAGCAGAAAUUUCCGUACUUUCAGCACUGGCUUCCGAGCAUUUGCACUUGAAGACACUGAUCAUGCCAGCGACUAUGCCAAGCUCAUUUCGUAUCGCACAGAUGCAAAGGAACAUCGGUCGCAAACGCAAGGCGGCUGACACUGUGCUUCCACAUGCAAAGACUCGGCUUGCAGCGGCCACUUGCGUGGAGCCGCGUCGGCUGUCUGGCUGGAAUGUUUUUCUUCGUGAAGGGAUGCAGCAAUUCAGCAGCACAGAGUUAUCCCAGGAGGAGUACAGUGCCCAAAGUAGUGCCCUGGGAAGAAAAUGGAGGCUACUCGACCAGGAAGUGCGAGAGAAGUACACCAUCAAAGCCAAUUAUGAGCAGACUUGUCGGGAUGAAUUGCAAACACGAGCCUUGGCAGCUGGAAGCGGAUGGCAGAAGAGCUCCACGGGCUCAGAUGUUCCCGUGGGGGAUGUGCAGUCUGCAGACUCGCUUUCGACGUCUCAACUUGAAAAGGUUGCAGGAGAACAUUUUUGCAAGAAGAUAUCGGCCAAGCGUUUGGUGUUGAACGACGAAGAGCACACGGCCGAUCCAAGAUGGGCGACGUAUGGCCUGUCUUUGCAAGACAGACAUGGCGCACUUCGCCGAGAUCUCAUUGAUCUCUGCACCCCGCAACCAACAGUGGAUGCAGCCGUGCACAAUUGCAUGCAUGCAAAUCUCGAGGAGCCAGAAGAUGGCUCAUUUGCAAAUGACAAGGGCAUCCCGAGUAGCACUUGUCACAAACUGUUUGGGUAUUGCCAGCUGGAGAAAUUCCACAAUUUUUCGGCCAGGUUUGCCAAGCUGCUUGCAAAGGAAACCGUGCAACGAAAGCUGCCUGCUGGUUCUUUGUUGCGGUUGCAACCCAUGCGAGGUGGUUCUGCGCUAGCCAUCCCAGAUGAUCAAGCAUUUUUCUUGGGAGUUUUGUGUCAGAAGCCCCUGACACAAGUCUUGGUGAAGGCCUGGCCGGUGACUUCAGAAGGUGGCGCAGUUAGUUUUGCUGUGACAAGCGGCAGCGGCAGAGACAUGGAUGGAGUCCUCUUGCUUCCACAAUUUCACACGUCUUUUGAGAUCUUCAGAAACCUGGCUGUUUUGUGCGAUGGGGCUGUAGACGGGAUUACUGUGGAGAUCAUUCCUUGCUCCUUUGAGCAUCCUUUGAAUCAGUGGCAGAGCAUGCAGCAGCUGAAGGUUGUCGUUUCAUCGCAGCCGCCAAGCACAUUUACGUUGCAUGCAACCAGAGAGGAGGCCACAACGAGUGCAGCGCAGGUGCAGCUUCCUUUUGGCUUGAAGUUCCCCAAGAAAAAGCGUGCCAAGGCAAAGCCGAAAGCCAGAACAAAGAAGCCAGGCCCAGCUCGUGCCCGAGGGCGUGGCAGAGGGCGACGUCGGCGCACCGGUGAAUCAGUUUCCAGCAAGUCGUCAAAGUUAGAGUCUUCUUCAGCAGCUUCUGCAAAACCAGACAAUGAUGGUUCUGAUUCAAGAUCCGGUUCAGAUGAUGGAGCUGAUGGAGCUGGAGAAGAGGAUGAGGCAGUCGGAACACUUAUGAUGCCCACAGAUGAUGCACGGAAUGAGGAGAGAGAGCUAGCGCUUGCAGCUGGUGAUUUUGAGGAAACGCAGCAGAAGAAAGCAGUCCUGGCUGAUGCGCACAGGACAGGUGGAUCGUAUUUUUCAAAGGAGAUAGGUUUCGACGAGGGGUCACUGGCCCCAACCGGGAGGAGCAAAUGCCUGCACUGCUCCGGGCCCAUCUGUAAAGGUGCACCGCGCUUCUCCUACUUCUGGCAUGAAAGAAGACCCUCCAGGUACGUGCACGAUACUUGCGUGAGGCGCUUUGUACAGGAUGAUGUUGCAAAGGAAGAGCAGGCGAUCGUGGCAAUGAGGCAAAUUGUGCGAAGCACACCCGUGCCUGAAGUCAAGUCUGCAGCAGAGCGAGUGUUGUCGGCUCUUUUGCCAGAGGCAUCUGCUUCCUCAACGUAG